ACGCUGGCAGGGGCAUUCCCCCUAUAUAAUAACUCUCCCAUUGUCUAUCCAUAAUGACAUUGUCCAGAACUGUGAGGGCUAUACGGACAAUAAAUGACAUUGUUUAGAAGUCUUGGGGGCUAUUUAUUCAUUAUCCCGCAAGCCACCUUCUCCGAUCACAAGACCUCGCUCACUCUGUAGUCAAAGAAGUGUACGCUUAAUCAGAGUCAACUUAUUAAUUUAUCAGCCAAGCCGUAAAGCAAAAUGGGUCGUUUUAGCGCAUCCAACGUCGCCAGGAAGAUUAAGCGGACCUUUUCGUCGACAUCGCUGAGCAGGCUCGCAGCGCAUCAAGAAGAAGCUCGGGGGGGCUUGCCUCCUACCGAGCUAGAAUACGGCCCCGGCAGACCGGAAACGAGACGCUGCUGGACCGCACACCCCAAGCAUCAUGGAAAGUUCCGUGAGAACCUACCCGACGCCUACGACGCAGACGACGAGCACGCAAACUCCAUGACAAGUGUCCUCCGCGACGAGUUUCACGCACGCAGACCCAACACCGCACCCGUCAAGCCCCUUUCUCCCACCUCUCCCACCUCUCCCACCUCUCCUACCCACAGCAAGAACAAGAAGCCCUGGUUCGCCAUAACCGACGAGGAGCUCCGCCAGGAGUACGAGCGGUGCCGGGCCAAGGCCCCAGACGUCGGGCCCAACUUCCUCUGGUGCGACCGCCGGGACAGCCUGGACCAAAACGCGAUCCUCGCGUCCAUGGGCCUCAAGCGCGCCCACACCUACAACGUGUACCCCGCGUGCUGUCCCAAGACCGGCAAGACCAUCCCCCGCAUCCAGAAGAACGACAACGUCGCCGUGCCCAUCCACGCCGACGCGAGCGAGGCCCUGGCCCAGGGCGACGUGGUCGACCUAUCCACGCCCCCCAUCGCCGCCAUCCUCUCCAACGCCCUCCCCCCCCAACACCCCAUGCCCAAAUUCGCCCUCCCCAGCCCCCCCGAGCGCUGGUUCCAAAAGCCGCGCCCGGCCCCGUCUCCCCUCAGGAAGUACCGCCGAGCCCUGCGCGAGGAAGUCGACCAAGUAAGUCCCACGCCAAACGACGACGACGCCGAGGUCUGCGAUAAAUCCGACUAUAGCGAUAUCUUCCGGCCUCUAGAAGAAAGCACGCUUAUUUAACCCUGCCUGCCUGCCUGCCUGUCUGUCUGUCUUUACAUAGCUUCGCCAAACGUGCUCAUCAGGUAGUUUUCUACGACUGCUCGCGGUUUAAUGUGUUGGAUAAGUACCUAUCCAAUGCUACUAAGUAUUUUGGUCGGCAAAGGGUUGGAUAAACACUACGGUAACAAGGUUACCUUAGGUGCUCAUACAAGCAAGACCAGGACCCUGGAGUUUGGUAGGACGUUUCCUUGGUUGGUGUUAUACUUUUCCUUUUAGCCCCCUUUUGCUUUAUCUCUUGAUAAAGGCUUUGUCUUUUAUGGCUUUUAUCACUUGAUGAUAGCUUUUCAAUCUCUGCUGGGAAACAUCACAUUAACUACUCCCCUACUCGCGUUUUGAUCUUGGGUUAUAUUGCUUGUUAGAAAAUAAGAAGAAUACAAAAAAAAUGGCAAAAUUUACAACUCUUAUUGAAUGCAUUGUGACAACCUCCAACAACGCCUAGUAUGACAUGAUACAACAUGCAGUUAGAUAGAUUACAUCAAAACAAAAUUUCAGUUAACUUAGUUCAUUGGGUAGGGUAGGUAAAAUACACCGGCGCCAUGCAAAGUAAAGUUGAAGU